CCAGAUAACACACUAUCGACCCACGGAUCAUGUCGCGGCUCGCGGGCAGAAUGCCCAAAGGCCUGGGGCAGAGUUUGGCGGCUCGCAGCGCCGUUGCCGCUGCCGCUGCUGCUGCUGCUGCUGCCGGCGCCGGUCGCCCGGCAUGCCUUGCCCUCCGCACCGUGCCCGUGCGGCUCUCCUCGACCGAGAACAGCAAGCAGCCCAGGCCGAGCGGGGCCUCCUUCCAGGGCCAGAUCUCGAACAGCAUCAUGCAGCGUCUGCAGCGCGAGAGGGCCGAACUCGAGCGCGUUGCUAGGACGCGGCCCGAGUCCAGCAUGACGAGGAACUUCAGUCUCACCUUUGUAAUCUUCUUCGUCGGCUCCGUCUGCUGGGUGCUCGGCUACCAGUACCCGCGCGAUGCCGAUCCCAGCUCGACUCUUCCGCUCAACGCGACACGACCGCCGACCUACAACCUCAACCCGGCCCACCUGGAGGCCGCGUGGGCCGACUUUGUCGAGAUCGUGGGACAGGAGAACGUCAGCACGCUCGAGGACGACAUCAAGCAGCACGCCACGUCCGAGUGGUCGUCGCACCGGUCCGACCCCGCGCACAAGCCCUUCUGCGUCGUCUAUCCAGCCACCACCGAGCAGGUGGCCGCCAUCAUGAAGGUCUGCCACACCCGGCGGAUCCCCGUGGUCGGCUACAGCGGCGGCACCAGCCUCGAGGGCCACUACACGCCGACGCGCGGCGGCAUCUGCGUCGACUUUGGCCGCAUGGACAAGAUCGUCGCCCUGCACAAGGACGACCUGGACGUGGUGGUGCAGCCCGGCAUCGGCUGGGAGGACCUCAACGAGCAGCUGGCCGAGCACAACCUCUUCUUCCCGCCGGACCCGGGCCCGGGCGCCCGCAUCGGCGGCAUGAUCGGCACCGGCUGCAGCGGCACCAACGCCUACCGCUACGGCACCAUGCGCGACUGGGUCCUCUCCCUGACCGUCGUCCUGGCCGACGGCACCGUCAUCAAGACGCGCCAGCGCCCCCGCAAGAGCAGCGCCGGCUACGACCUCACCCGCCUCUUCAUCGGCUCCGAGGGCACCCUGGGCCUGGUGACCGAGGCGACGCUCAAGCUGUGCGUCAAGCCCGCCGCCGCCUCGGUCGCCGUCGCCAGCUUCCCCUCGAUCCGCCACGCCGCCGACUGCGUCGCCCGCGUCGUCCGCGACGGCGUCGGCGUCGCCGCCGUCGAGAUCCUCGACGACGACCAGAUGCGCUUCAUCAACGCGGCCGGCACCACCACGCGCAAGUGGCCCGAGGCCCCGACCCUCUUCUUCAAGUUCGCCGGCGCCCCGGCCGGCGUCAAGGAGCAGAUCGACCUGGUCCGCCUCAUGGCCAAGCGCGCCGGCGGCCAGUCGUUCGACUUUGCCCGCGACGAGUCCGAGCAGGCCGAGCUGUGGUCCGCCCGCAAGGACGCCCUCUUCGGCACCAUGGCCCAGCGCCGCCCCGGCGACCACGUCUGGACCGGUGACGUCGCCGUCCCCGUGAGCAGGCUGCCGGACAUCAUCGAGGAGACCAAGAGGGAUCUCAAGGCGUCCGGGCUGACGAGCUCCAUCGUCGGGCACGUCGGCGACGGCAACUUUCACAUCAUUCUCCUCUACAACGAUGCCGAGCGGAAGCUGGCCGAGGAUUGCGUCCACCGCAUGGUGAAGCGGGCGGUGGAGAUGGAGGGUACCGUGACGGGUGAGCAUGGGGUCGGCCUCGUCAAGCGCGAUUACUUGCCUCACGAACUGGGUGAGACUACGGUGGAUGCCAUGAGAAAGAUCAAGGCAGCCUUCGAUCCUCUCUGCCUCCUCAACUGCGACAAGGUUGUCCGUGUGCAGAAGCCGGCGCGUGGAGAGGUGGCCGAGUGGUGAUGGACGCCCUUUAUAUUGUACCUACCUUAUUUUGGACUUGCCAGACUCCGCGCGUCGAGUUGUAUACCCCAAUUCUUGUUCCGUGUACCAUACCACCGUGGUCGUAGUUGUUGUGCUGCUGCAGCGUUGAUUGGCGAGACCAAAACCAGACUGCUCCGAGCGUCUUG